CAAGCUUAACAAGGCAGCUUCAAUCAACCGUUUAAAUCAGGGUCGCACCGUUGGUCCAAAUCGCAUUGGUCCGAAUCUCAAUCGUCGGAAUCCUAAUGAUCCGAGUAAUCCAUUGGUCCAAAAAAACAGUCAAUCGAAUCUAAAUCAACAAAGUUGUGAGAAUAUCUUUACAAGAGAAAUUACAAAAACGAAAACAAAUCCAAAAAUGAAAAUUAAAGGAAACGAUUUUUUCCAAAAUUGCAAUGAGAAGGACCAUCGGCUGACACAAACAAACGUUUAUCAGAUCUUUGUCACUGUUUUUUCAUGUAAAGUUCUGGAACACACAACAAUUCCGUUUACUAGUCAUUUUGGCUCAUGUUGGUGUAUUUUAGAUAAACCUUUCGACCAUACACAGUCUUCUGCAACUGCAAGGGAAGGCAAGCUUGUUUUAUAAACGUACAUAACAUUUUCAUAUAUUU